GGGUACUGCACCUCUCUGCAUCCGUGUCGCGGUCCGUUUCUUGCAACCGUCCAUCUACACAGGCAUGGUGCAUCAGCAGACUGAUGAGUAUAUGUAGUUAUAAAGCUCGACUCGCUGCUCGAUACACUCCCUGUACUCGUCGGAUCAGUCACCGAUGUCCUUUUCUCUCGACCUGCCCCCGAGACUAACCUCGCGAUCCCCCCCGGUAUCCCAUCAUCCACCGUCAUGUCCAAGACCAACGGCACCAACGGCACGGCUGCCGCUUCUCGCUUCGACCCCAACUUCACCGCCGCUGUGAUUAAUGCUACUGGCCCAAAGGCCAAUCCGCGAUUGAAGCAGCUUGUCGGCGGCCUGGUGCAGCAUCUCCAUGACUUCCUCCGCGAGAAUGAAGUCACGUUAGAUGAGUACUUUGCCGCCAUCGACAUGAUCAACCGCGCCGGCCAAAUGUCCAACGCAAAGCGCAACGAAGGCCAACUCCUCUCCGACAUCCUAGGCAUGGAAUCCCUCUGCGACGAAAUCACCUCCACCCUCGCCGCCGAAGCCGCCGACCAGCCCACCGCAACCGCCAUCCUCGGCCCCUUCUGGCGCAAAGACGCCCCCGCCUACGCAAUGGGCGACUCCAUCGUCAAAGGCUUCCCCGACGCAGACCACACCCUCAUGCACGGCCGCGUGCUGGACUUCGACACCGGCACCCCGAUCGCCAACGCCGAGGUCGACAUUUGGCAUACUGCGCCGAAUGGCCUGUACGAGUCGCAGGACCCCGAGCAGCCGGAUAUGAACCUUCGCGGCCGCUUCCACACCGGCCCUGAUGGGAGGUACAGUCUGUACUGCUUGCGGCCAACCAAGUACCCGAUUCCCGACGACGGGCCUGCGGGCGAGUUGUUGGGCCUGCUGGACCGGCAUCCGUGGCGGCCGGCGCAUAUUCACUUCAUCAUCUCCGCUGAGGGGUACAAGUCUGUGGUGACGCAGAUUUUCGACCGGCGCGACGAGCACAUUACGGACGAUGUGGCAUUUGCGGUGAAGGAGAGUUUGGUGGUGGAUUUUGCGCCGCGCCAGGGCGAUCCCAAGGGGAAGUUUGAGCUGGAGUAUGAUUUUAAGCUGGUUAGUUUUGAGGCGGGGAAGAAGUAUGGUAUGCCGGGGGCGAAGAAUGCCUGAUACCGCUGUCCUGCUUGCCUCCUUAGUUGCUCUGUUACGGAAGCCAAUCUCUUGCUCUCAUAAUGUCAUGUCGACUUCAGAUGAUCUCUUUUUCAGCUAACCAGCAGAGUGUCGUCUCUGGAUUUCAGCUUCCCCUGUUUCGUAGCCCUUGAGUCUGCCGCCAGAUCAGAGAAGCCCCUCGUCCAAACCACC